AUAAAACUCGGUCCAAUAAUUAAUGUUUUUAUGUUGGUAUUACUGACAUCUCUAGCUGUCAGUUGAGUAGUUGUCAUUUUGCUUCGCGCGCUUUUUAUAAUCAGCAAAACUUAUUUCUGUGAACAAUUUUUGGUGAGAAUUAUGGCGAAUCGAAAAAAAUUGACUUUGAAUGAGAUAAUAUCGCAGUUGGAACAAGAUGACGAUGUGUUUGAGGCAGAGUUUUUCAUUACACCUCCUGAUAAUUGGCAAAAUAGCGACGAAGACAGUGGUGACGAAGAGUUUGUUAGUAUAAAUAAUUUGUCAAAGCAUCAGUUACUCGCAGAAGCUGAACUCCGGGUCACCAGAUCGUCUCAAGCUGAGUCAAGAAUAGUAAAUGAACGCGUUGAAGUCGCACAAAGAGAGGACCCCGUACCUAGCACAUCAUCAGCUUCAUCAGAGACUCAGCCACCGCCAAAAAAACGACGUGCUGAAGUCACUAGAAAAUGGAGGUUUGUAGACAUUUCAGAAAAGCCUGAGAAAGAGUGCAGUGAGCCUGAUUUCUUGGAACACCUCGAAAACCCCAUUCAAUUUUUCGAAUUAUUUUUUGAUGAAGAAGUGUUCGAAUUGCUACGCUCUGAAACUGAAAAAAAUGCAAUCCAGAAGGGUAAACAUGGAUUUCGGGUUAGUACGACGGAUAUUAAACAUUUUAUUGCUAUUUUGUUGCUAUCUGGGUACAACAGUGUCAGGGGCGUAGCUACCGCCGUAUCUGCCGUAUCAAUUAUACGGGGCCCCCGGGCCACGGGGGCCCCAAAGUGUGUAAGGAAAAAGAAAUAAAAACUUCCUAAUUUAUUUUAUUUUACAAAUGACAAAAUUCUAUAAAGCAAUUACUUUUUAUCCCGCCUUAAGCGUGCGUUCAAAAGUUGGCAACACUCUACAACGUUAUGGCGGGCUGCGGGACUUCCCCGUUUUACUUACUUCAUCUGCAACUCAGCGGGGAAUCCCUCAAUAAUAAAGUCGAUAUCGCGAUAUACGUGUACGUACAUACUCUACAUUGGAUGUUAAACCACGGAGUGCAGUGCAGUGUUUAUUCACGCGUUUUAUGUAAUUGUGCAUUACAUUGUAAUUCAGUACAAACAAUAUUGUUCUUCUGGUUUAACAAUAUUAGUAGCGAUUUGUAAGAGAAAUGAGUGAAAGGAAAAGAGAUUAUCCCAGCGGUGCUGAGAAAAGAAAAAGUAAACGGAAAAGGGAAGAGGUUAUAAAAAAAGUGCCCAAAAUUUCUUCAUUUUUUCAGAGACAAGAUACUGUGAGUGAUUUAGAUUGGAAAGGUAAGUACUACUCAACCCAUUUAUUCGGGGUCCGUAGUGAUAAACAAGGAAAUCUUUUAAUUUCGGUCUGUCAAUCUGUCCGUCACAAAAAGUGGUCUCCCCCCCUCGAUUUUCACAACUACUGUUCCAAAAAUCUAAAAAAGAUAUUGGAGACUCCUUACUAAUUAAACUUUUACAUGAAAUUGGUUUGGCAAAAAUCUUAAAACGGAUGAGGUCUAAAAAUAAAUGUCUAAUUGUAAAAUUAGUUCUUCGAAAAACCGAAGUACUUACUAAUUUACACAAGUACUAUUUUACACGACGCUAAUGUGGAUCUGCGUGGUCAGAUACGCGUGGUUGGUUUAUUAUUUACCUGUAGCGAAGGGUGAAUUUUGUUUUUAGGGUUCCGUGCCACGAAACAAAAAAAAACCAAAA